AUGUCAUUACAAACGAAACCCCUUGCGUCUUCGUCCCUUGCAGAAUCAAAUGUCCGCUGUCUCAAAAGCUUGUUCUUCGUUAGCAACGUGCAUUGUUCCUCGUGCGUCGCAUAUAUCACCGAAGUACUAUCGGAGGUAUCAGGGGUCCAUGACAUUGACGUUUCUAUCCUAACCCAUGAGGUUCGCGUGCUGCACAACUCAGAGACCAAACCUUCGGUAUUGGCCAAGGCUCUGAUUGGAGCGGCCUUCGAAGUGCAUCAUGUCACCACAUAUGACCGUGAAGGGACAGUGAUCUCAGAUCUCGACACGAGCGCAUGGCUUUCACCGGAUUCUAUGAUCUUUUCACCUGAACAGGAUCAUGCUCCUACAUCGAAUACUGAACGCAAUCAACACAUCGCCAACUGCGAUGCAUGCAGGAAGGAAGGGCUCAAUAGACCAGCGACAGUGACGGAGGCGCAUGGCGCUACCGCUGCCUCUCCAAAAGAUGUCAAGAAACGAUAUGCGAGUUACCGAUCUUUAGGUGCAAAGGACUUAUCUGAUACGGAGAGUUUUGUUUCUCAAACAUCUGGAGCAGCCGCUGGCCCUUCUGCAGGUUCUGAUAACCCCCAGCAAUUGCACUCGCCCCGCGAUGAAGAGUUCAAUGCCCGUAUUAGCAUCAGCGGUAUGAGCUGCGCGUCUUGUGUCAACACAGUGACGAAAGAAGUUCGGCAGUUGGACAUUGUGCGCGACAUUACUGUCAACCUUCUCACGAAUAGUGCAACCUUGGUUUACACAGGCCCGCAAACGAACAUCGAAAAGAUCAUCGAUCGCAUCGAGGACAUUGGCUUUGAAACGUCGGUCGAUGAAGUCAACAAAGUUGUGCCACCCGGACCUUCUGCCUACCUCGCCGAAAUAUCCAUUGGUGGGAUGACCUGCGGAUCUUGCUCUGCAACAGUUACUCGAGGACUCGAAGAAUUGCCCUUUGUAACCGACGUUUCUGUGAACCUUUUGGCUCACAGUGGGAAAGUUCGGUUCGUGGGUCAAGACAACAUUGACGCAAUCCUGGAGAAGAUUGAUGACCUUGGCUACGAGGCGUCUCUCAACAGCGUUGAACCUUUUACUUUGGACGAUGAGAAAAAUAUCAUCAAGAAGCGGGUAGUCUCUAUCCGAAUCGAUGGUAUGUUCUGCCACCAUUGUCCAGACCUGGUCUUUGGCGCCCUGCAAGGCUUUCCGGAUGUUGAAUUCGAACGAACACUGUCCCUUCAGAAUCCCAUUCUCAAGAUCACUUACAUCCCAAACCCUCCCUCUCUGACCAUCAGGACGAUCCUACAAGCCAUCGAGGCAGCACACCAUGCAUUUCGGGCCACUGUGUACCACCCACCGAGCGUGGAAGACCGCUCUCGUGCAAUGCAGCUGCAUGAACAGCGCAGAUUGUUGAUACGCUUCAUCUUUGUGCUGCUGGUAGCCAUCCCGACGUUCCUCAUCGGCAUUGUGUUCAUGAGUCUUGUGUCACCGACCAAUCGGGUCAGGAAGUAUCUGGAACAGCCUAUGUGGGUUGGGAGUGUUUCACGUAUAGAAUGGGCGCUCUUUAUCAUGACUACACCGGUGAUGUUUUAUGGCACCGACAUCUUCCACGUACGAGCGAUAAAAGAGAUUUCUUCACUUUGGCGACCAGGUAGCCGUGUCCCGAUUUUGCAGAGGUUUUAUCGCUUUGGCAGCAUGAACCUUCUCAUCUCUGCCGGCACGACUGUAGCCUAUGUCUCUUCAUUGGCUAUUCUCAUCAUGGAUGCGGUCUCCGAUACGUCCGUCAGCACCCACACUUCGACUUACUUCGAUUCCGUUGUGUUUCUAACCUUGUUUAUCUUGGCUGGCCGAUACAUGGAGGCCUACAGCAAGGCCCGCACCGGCGAUGCAGUUGCCUCUCUUGGAAAAUUGAGACCUUCUGAAGCAUUGUUAGUUGAGAAUCUCUCGGCUUCUGGUCAGCCCUCUCCAAAUGAGACCCAGCGAAGAAUCGGCAUCGAUUUACUGGAGGUUGGGGAUGUGGUUAGCAUCCCUCAUGGUGCCUCGCCACCGGCAGAUGGUACCAUCGUAGGGCAAAACUCUUAUCAAUUCGACGAAAGCUCUUUGACCGGAGAAUCCAAGCCGGUGCACAAGACGACGGGUGAUCAUGUUUACACCGGAUCCGUGAACGUUGGCCAGCCUGUGAAGAUCCAAGUCACGGCGCUUGGAGGCUCAUCGAUGUUAGACCAGAUCAUCAACGUGGUUCGCGAAGGGCAGAGCAAACGAGCCCCUCUCGAACGAGUUGCAGACAUACUUACUUCCCAUUUCGUCCCUGUCAUCACGCUUAUUGCCAUCCUCACGUUUCUCAUCUGGCUUUCCCUCGGACUCUCCGGAGCUUUACCUGACGAUUAUCUCGAUGUUGCGCGUGGAGGCUGGACAUUCUGGAGUGUGGAGUUUGCCAUCGCCGUGUUCGUGGUCGCUUGCCCGUGCGGAUUAGCUCUUGCUGCUCCCACAGCCCUCUUCGUUGGAGGCGGGUUGGCUGCAAAACAGGGAAUUCUUGUCAAAGGUGGGGGAGAGGCCUUUCAGGAAGCGAGCCGUUUGAAUGCUGUCAUCUUCGACAAGACCGGUACCCUUACCGAAGGUGGUCAACUCAAAGUGUCUGAUCAUGAAGUCCUCCUCUCGAACGACGAGCAGAUUCACAUCGCCUGGGCUCUCGCUCAGAAGCUUGAAGAAAGCAGCAAUCAUCCCAUUGCUCAAGCGGUCUCGGAUUUCUGUCAGGGAAAGUCUACUCUCUCUGUUCUAUCCUCCGAUAUCGAGGAGAAAUCCGGACGGGGAAUGAGGGGUACAUUCACUGUCGCGAUCGAGAGCACGGCAUCGAAGUCCAACGCAACAGCGACCUAUGAAGCUGCAAUUGGCAAUGAGGAUCUUCUCCGGAGCCUUGUUUCCCCAGACGCCAACACUUCACACAUUUCCAGCCUGCUCCUCAAGUAUCAGUCAUUGGGCAAAUCCACUGCUAUUCUGUCACUUCGCAAGAUUGAACCCACUUCCGCAGACAAAUCCUAUUUUGUACCUGCACUCGUCUUCGCGACCACCGACUCCAUCCGCCAGGAUGCAUCAAAAGUCAUCGCGGAGCUCCGCAAGCGCCAAGUCGACGUGUUCAUGUGCACAGGCGACAACAAAACCACCGCCUACGCCGUCGCCGACAUGGUCGGCAUCCCCCGGUCCAACGUCAUGGCCAACGUCAUGCCAGCCGGCAAGGCGGACUUUGUCCGCAAGGUGCAAGACGGGCUGUACCCCGUCCGCUACGACGACGCAGCAGAAAGCCAGAAGAACCGCACCGGCGCGCACUCCAUCGUCGCCUUCGUCGGCGACGGUGUCAACGACUCGCCCGCCCUCGCCGCCGCCGACGUCAGCAUCGCCAUGGCGUCCGGCUCCGACGUCGCCAUGAACUCGGCCAGCUUCAUCCUCCUCAACUCCGACCUCGACACGAUCCUGCAGCUGGUCCUGCUCAGCCGGCGCGUCUUCAAGCGCGUCAAGCUGAACUUCGGCUGGGCCGUCGUUUACAAUCUCUGCCUUGUGCCUGUUGCGGCGGGCGUCUUCUACCCGAUCGUCAGUGGACACAAGCAGAUGUGGAUGGGGGGUGAGCUUGUCACGGUCAAUGAGCAUUGGAGACUCAGCCCUGUCUGGGCUGCGUUGGCCAUGGCUUUGAGUAGUAUCUCUGUCAUUUGCAGUAGUCUGGCUCUGGCGAUUGAUGGACAGAAGAUUCGAAAAAUCCUUGGUUUGUCCCGGCGUUAG